AUGGUAUAUCACCCCUCCUUCGAAUUCACCUUCUUCCCCUCCAUACUCCCCAAAUCAAACCCCUCCGUCCCCUCCUCUUCUCCCUUCCCGUCUUUACUCCCCACCCUCACCAUCUCCCCACUGCCCCCCGCCCCACUCCCACCACCACUACCUCCCCCCUUCCCCUUCCCCGCCACAAACCCCGUCUUCGCCUUCACCGCCGGAUCGUCGCCCAGCAUCCACGCAAAGCUGCUCUGCGCUAGCGACGACCGCGGCUUGUGCGUCAGAAAGUCCGGGUCUGAAUUAUUCUUAAAACUCGUCUUAACAAAGCCCCCCGGCGGCGAGCUCGGCGUCUUCACCAUCGUCGACGACGCCGCAGACAUUGGUGACGCCGGGUUCAGCGGCGAUAUUGCAGCGGCGGCAGACGACGAUCUCCUAAAUCCCGGCGGCGGAUGUCUCGCUGACACCGGCGUCCCAGGCGCAAUUGUCUCCAACAGCUCCGGCCCCACCACCUUCGUGCUAUCCGCCAAACACGCCCUCACACCCUUCAACCUCUCAAUCGCACUCGCCCUCUCCACAGCGCCCAGCGGCUCCUGCUCCAGCGCAUCAAUGACCGCACCAAGCGCCUUCUCCAGCAGCCUCCUGCGCUCCUCGUCGUGCUUCACUCCUUACUCGCCUCCGCCCACUGCGCCUGCUGCUGCUGCUGGAAGCCCUGCACGUUCUUCUUGA